GAGCCUUGUCGUGGCUUGGCAGCUUGUGUAUCCUGACCACCCCCAGAGCUAUACCAGCGGGAGUGUAAACUCCUGGUAGGUUCAACCAAGCUGGGAAGGUCUGCGCGGGUAGGGAUCAGACCAAAGCUAACACCCUGGUCCUCCAGGUUGGGGGGUUGAAACAUAAGGCUAGCAACCUUAUCUCGUAAAAAAAAAUAUACCGCUACAGAAACUGCUAGUACACAAAUCCAGCACCAACUUGGUCAAGGGGGAUCCUCUCUAGAAGAGCCCAUGAUGCCUACUAGUGAAAGCCUAACGGAAGCUAGUUUGCUGACAAAUCUCCUAACGCCCAAGACCAAAACCAGAUUAGGGAUCUGGAACAUCAGAACCCUAUAUGAAAGCAGAAGAUCAGCCCAGGUCACCAAAGAAAUGAGGAGUAUAAAUUAAAAGUCCUAGGAUUAAGUGAGACACGAUGGAACGGCAGUGGCCAAACUAGGUUGAUCUCGGGAGAGACUGUCAUCUACUCAGGCCACGAGGACGAAGAUCAUGAACACACGCAAGGUGUAGCCAUAAUGAUGUCUCCAGAAGCAACAAAUGCUUUGAUUGCAUGGGAACCAGUCUCGCCACGACUCAUAGCAGCUCGUUUCAAUGCCAAGGGAAGGAAAACAACUUUAAUUCAGUGCUAUGCACCCACAAAUGCUGUAACAGAUGAAGAGAAAGAGGACUUUUACAGCGCCCUGCAAGCUCAAAUUGACAAAUCACCAAAAAGAGAUAUAAAGAUAGUAAUGGGAAACAUGAAUGCCAAAGUCGGAACAGAAAAUAAAGAACGGGAGCUCACAAUGGGGAAAAAUGGAAUAGGCAUAAUAAAUGAAAACGGGGAACUCUUUGCUGAUUUCUGCGCAUUUAAUGAUCUAAUUAUAGGGGGGGGGGGCAAUUUUCGCUCAUAAAGAUAUACAUAAGACCACCUGGACGUCACCCGAUGACAAAACAAAGAACCAAAUUGAUCACAUCACAGUUUCCAGAAAGUGGAGAAGAAGUUUAAUGGAUGUUAGGGCGAAACGAGGUGCAGAUGCAGCCUCAGACCAUCAACUCGUGGUUGCAAUACUAAAAUUAAAACUAAAAUCCUACAGGGAUCGAGCUGAUAAACCGCACUUUAAAUUCAAUACAACAUAUCUUAGGUGUCCAAAAAUAAAGGAAGACUUUAACUGCGCAGUAAAAAAUAGGUAUGAAGCACUCUCCAGCCUGGCAGAGGAAACAGUAGAGCAAAAAUGGCUAGGAAUACAAGAACUAUGGAAGUCAACAUGCACUGACAUAUUGGGGAGAAGAAAAAAUGAACAAAAAGAAUGGAUCACAACAGAGACAUGGGCUAAAAUUGAAGAUAGAAAGAGAUAAAGCAGAAGAUUAACAAAUGUAAGGAUGAAAAAGAGAAAAUAAACCUCAGAACACAUUAUUGUGAAGUGAAUCGCAUGUUCAGGAAAAGUGCAAAAGAAGACAAAAGACAGUUCAUACAGGAGAUGAUAGAGGAGGCAGAAACUGCGGCACGACAAGGAAAAAAUGAAGAGGCUCUUUGAAGUAACCAGGACACUAUCAGGCAAAAACAUUAAUCCCAACAAACCAGUAAAGGAUAAAGUAGGAAUAAUCUUAACAAGUGACACAGAACAGAGAGACAGAUGGGUACAGCACUUUGAUGAGAUUUUAAACCAUCCUCUCUCAUCAAACAUCCCCGAUAUACCACCUGCAAAUCACUUACUAGAUGUGUGUACAGAUCCACCCACAAAGUUAGAAACAAUAAGAGCAACAAAGAACAUGAAAAAUGGCAAAGCAGCUACCCGGACGGCUUCACACCAGAGGCACUAAAAGCAGACCCAGCCAUAUCAGCAGACAUACUACAUCCUCUACUUAAGCAGAUUUGGGAAGAAGAGAUAAUCCCAUCUGACUGGAAACUGGGAUACCUGAUAAAACUGCCAAAGAAGGGAGACCUGACACAAUGCAACAACUGGAGAGGGAUAAUGCUUCUUUCAGUUCCAAGUAAGGUUCUGACAAGAAUCAUCAUAGAGAGACUUAGAGAUGCCUUGGACAAAAAGCUGAGACAAGAACAGGCUGGUUUUCGUCAGGACAGGUCAUGUACUGACCACAUUGCCACGCUGCGCAUCAUUAUCGAACAGUCCCUUGAGUGGCAAUCCCCCUUAUACAUGACUUUUGUCGACUUCGAAAAGGAGUUUGACAAUGUGAAUAGAGAUGCUAUCUGGAAGUUAAUGAGCCACUAUGGAAUACCCAAAAAAAUUAUAUCUAUUACACAGAAACUAUAUGAAGACAUCACCAGUCAGGUAAUACACAAGGGAAAGCUAACAAAACCAUUCACGGUGACGACGGGAGUAAGACAGGGAUGUAUACUAUCGCCAAUUAUAUUCUUGAUGGUAAUCGACUAGAUCAUGCUGAGGGCCACAAAAAAACGACACAGGAAUCCAGUGGAGUUUCACAAAAAGGUUGGAGGAUCUUGAUUUUGCCGAUGACAUCUGCCUACUAUCUCAUAAGCAUCAACACACGCAAGCCAAACUAAAUCGGCUGUCUGAAGAAGCCUCCGAAAUUGGACUAAAAAUCAAUAAAAACAAAACAGAGGUCAUCAGAAUCAAUAACAGCCAGGACCUGCCCAUACAGCUAAAUGGAGAAAAUUUACGAGAAACAAACACAUUCACGUAUCUGGGAAGCGUGAUCAAUAAGGACGGGGGAGCAGACGAGGACAUAAAAUGCCGUAUCAACAAGGCUGGAUGUGCCUUCAACUCGCUGCGCCCGAUGUGGAGGUCCACGGCCCUGUCACUCCGGAGCAAAAUUGGGAUUUUCAACACGAAUGUUAAGGCAGUGCUACUCUAUGGCUCGGAGACCUGGAGGGUUACGAAGACAAAUACUGAUAGGCUACAGGCGUUCGUAAACAAAUGCUUACGACAUAUACUGAAAAUAAGAUGGCCGGACAAAAUUUCAAACAAAGACCUGUGGCAAAUUUUAAAACAACAGCCGAUAGAGAAAGAUAUAAAGGCCCGUAAAUGGGGAUGGAUCGGACACACGUUAAGAAAAGAAAAAGAAAACAUCGCAAAACAUGCAUUGGACUGGAAUCCCCAGGGGAAAAGGAUGGUGGGCCGGCCAAGGAAAACAUGGAAGAGAACGGUUGAGGAGAAGGCGAAAACAGCUGGUCUCUCAUGGGCACAGAUUAGAGGAGCAGCCCAAAACCGAGUCCGCUGGAGAUAUGUGGUUGCAGCCCUUUGCUCCCCAGGGGCCACAAUGGAGACAAAGUACCUUUCAUCAAACCGCGCUUUGGAUAUACCACCACUUGCUGAAGCUCUGUUGUGGACAAAGCACCUGUUGUCUAAGCAUUUAGUAGUAGUAAACCUAAUAUACUGAGGAGGAUUUUAUUAUUUAGAGGUCUCAUAAAAAACCUACUAUCUGUGAUCUUCAUACAAUGGAUGCCACAGAAUUUCGACGAGAGGGACGUGAAAUGGUUGAUUUUAUCUCAGAUUAUUUGGAAAAUAUUGGUGAUCGCCUUCCAAUGCCAAAUGUUUUACCUGGUUACUUGAAAGAAAUGAUUCCUGAUGAAGCACCAACUGACGCUGAACCUUGGGACACCAUUAAAAAUGAUAUAGAAAGAGUUAUAAUGCCCGGUGUAACCCACUGGCACAGUCCACAUUUUCAUGCUUAUUUUCCAACGGGUAAUUCAUACCCAGCAAUUUUGGGAGAUAUGUUGUCAGAUGCAAUUGGAUGCAUUGGAUUCUCUUGGGCUUCAAGUCCUGCAUGCACUGAGCUGGAAAUUUCUAUGAUGGAUUGGCUUGCUAAAAUGCUGAAUUUACCAAAACAAUUUCUCUUUAGUGAAGAGGGAAAUGGUGGUGGUAUAAUUCAAGGAACAGCUAGUGAAGCUACAUUAGUUGCCCUGCUGUCUGCAAGAACUACAAUGAUAAACAAACUCAAGAUAGAAAACCCAAACCUAACACAAGGACAAAUACUUGAUAAGCUAAUUGCAUAUACAUCUGAUGAGUCCCAUUCGUCUGUUGAAAGAGCAGCACUCAUUGGCAUGGUGCAGAUACGAGCAUUGCCUUCAGAUGAAAAUGGUUCCCUAAGGGGCACAGUGCUGGAACGCUCCAUUCAGCAGGACAAAGAAAAGGGGCUAAUACCAUUUUUUCUUUGUUCAACUUUAGGCACAACAUCUACCUGCUCAUUUGAUAACUUGUCUGAGCUUGGACCACUAUGUGAUCAGCAUAAUAUAUGGAUGCAUGUGGAUGCAGCAUAUGCUGGAAGCGCUUUUAUAUGUCCUGAAUUUAGACAACCACUAAAUGGAAUUGAGCAUUCUAUGUCCUUUAACUUUAAUCCUCACAAAUGGUUACGUGUCAACUUUGAUUGUUCCGCAAUGUGGGUUAAGGAUAGAAAUCUUGUGAGUGGAGCAUUUGAACUUCAUCCUUUGUACCUAAAGCAUGAAAACCAGGGAAAUUGUAUGCCAGACUACAGGCACUGGCAGAUCCCAUUGGGUAGAAGAUUUAGAUCUCUCAAGUUGUGGUUUGUUCUUCGAAUGUUUGGUGUUAAAGGGUUACAGGAACAGAUUAGAAAGGAUGUAUCACUUGCCCAGCAGUUUAAGUUACUGGUAGAAAGUGAUCACAGAUUUGAAAUAAUACGAAAAGUUACACUUGGACUAGUUUGUUUUCGACUUAAAGGGUCUAAUGAGCUGAAUGAAAUGUUGUUAAAGAAGAUAAACAAUGAUCGCAGAAUCCACCUUGUUCCAUCAAAGAUCAAAGAGACAUAUUUUCUGCGAUUUGCUGUGUGUGCUAGUAGUACUCAGGCCUCAGAUGUCAAUUAUGCAUGGUCUGUUAUUAAAGAAAUAUGUGAUAAUAUGUAGCUAUAAAAGCACUAACAUUUAUUGUUAAUAAAAAUACUUUAAAUUCAAAUGUAAUUUAGGCAUUUUGCUUUUUCUUUAAGCAAAUUGCAUUUCUUCUAUAGAGUAGUAAUGUUAUUAUCAGUAAUAGUUUUAGUAUUAGUCUACUUAAAAAUAUAUUUUGUUGAGAGAUUAACAUGAUUAAAUGGACAAAAUAUGAUUGUCAGUCUGUAAUGAUAUUCUUAAAGAAUUUCUUUAACAUCUAACAAUAUUUGGAUAAUUUAUUUUGGAUUUCUUACAAAGGAAUUCAUCUAUAUUUGGCAUUUCUCCUCUGUGUGUUAUAAUUAAAAUUUGUUA